AUGGGAAGUUCUAAUAUCUGGCAGGAGCAAAGGAACUUUGUGAAGAGUUUGCAUGAACAGGGUAUAUUAGACAGUCAUUUUGAUGACAUCCUUGAUUUACCAAGAGAGAGCCCUCAGUUUGUGAUUGAUUUGGUCAGCACAUUCUGCAGUGAUGCUGAAAUUGCCAUAGCAGCACUGAUCAGAUACCUCAAUGAACCUGACAUCAACUAUCCCAAAGUUAUCGACCAUGUUCACCAGAUCAGAGGCGCUAGCUCUUGCAUUGGUGGCCAUAGGAUGGCCCUUGCUUGUCGUGAGCUCCGAUAUGCUUGUGAAGACAAGGACAAGGAGAGGUGCUUUGCAGCUUUUGGCAAGACCAAGGAUGAAUAUCAAAUUUUAAAAGAGAAGUUUGAUAUCAUCUUGCAGAUGGAGAGAGCUAUGAUUUCUGGUGAAUCUAAAAGAAGCCAACAAUAG